UAGCAAGCAAGCACGAGGGCUAACAUUGGAAGUUUAAGGCCCAGAAGCACUGUUUUCCAGCUGCCCCGAUAUUGAGGAACUCGCUAACGCAAUCAAGAAUCUGCUGCUUCAACGGCUCCUCUCUCUCCUUAGAGGCAGAAAAGGAAACCUAUUCUCUUGAUCACAGACACACAGAGAUGAAGAUCUCCCUCAGGUUUCAAGAAGACCAACCAGAGUUCCAAAACCAGCAAAACCCACUGAUAAAGGCAAAGGAGCUUAGGUUGGAGCCUUGCGGUGGCAAAAAUGGGGCUGUGAACAGUGAAUUUAGGGAUAAUUGUGGAGCUCAUUUGAAUGGUGGGUCUGUGGCAGAGAAGCCAUUGGCUUGGAAAAAUGGUGGGAAAGAUGGGCUUUUUUCUGGAAUUGCUGUGAUGGCAAGGACAGUGUUGCCAGUGACAAAAAGUGUGGUAAUGAAUAUGCGAUGGGGUGUGAAUCUUCCACCAAAGUUUGGCAAAGCAAUGCCGUAUUUAACACUUAAUAAAAUCGGUAUUGAGAGAGUUGAGGAGGUAAAGGCAGAGGAGGAGAAGGGUACUGAUAGUAGUAAUGUGGGUGAUUUUGAAUUGUUAAAGGGGAUGUGCUUUUGGAUGAGAAGGGAUUUGGAGGUCAUGGAGAAGGAAAAUAAGGAGAUGAAGCACAGGUUGGAGGAGAUGAAGUCGGGAGUUUCUAGGAAGCAUUUUAGAGGGGAGAGUGAUUCUGUUGGGAAGAGAGUUUCACCUCCUUUGGAUGAGACUUCUGGCGGGUUCGAACAGUGGAGAAACAAGAAGAAAGUCAGAGAAGAGAAUGCGAGAACAGAGGCGAAAAAGUCCACCGAUUCUGCUAGUGAUUUGGAAUCUGAAUUGCAAAGAGCUAUCAAGGCUGCUACCAUUUAGCAAGGUUCGAGAUAUAUGUAAUGUAGAAUUAUUGCUUUGCUUUGAAAUGUAUAGGUAAAUUAUAUCUCUGCUGUCUUCGGGGUUGAUUGCCUUGAUUAAUUUUUCAGGGUAGUUUAAACUUAUUCACUAAACAUUGGAAAUCUGUUGGAACUUGUAAGUAUCGCAUCAAUGGAGUUUAUCUCUUAUGAAGAGAAGGGAAUUUAUGUUUUAUUUCAA